UGUUUCCGUGUGCGGCCGCUGCGCACUCGGCACUGGGCGGCGCUGGCUGGCUCCCUGGCUGCGGCUCCUCAGUCGGCGGCGGCUGCUGCUGCCUGUGGCCCGGGCGGCUGGGAGAAGCGGAGUGUUGGUGAGUGACGCGGCGGAGGUGUAGUUUGACGCGGUGUGUUACGUGGGGGAGAGAAUAAAACUCCAGCGAGAUCCGGGCCGCGAACGAAAGCAGUGACGGAGGAGCUUGUACCACCGGUAACUAAAUGACCAUGGAAUCUGGAGCAGAGAACCAGCAGAGUGGAGAUGCAGCUGUAACAGAAGCUGAAAACCAACAAAUGACAGUUCAAGCCCAGCCACAGAUUGCCACAUUAGCCCAGGUAUCUAUGCCAGCAGCUCAUGCAACAUCAUCUGCUCCCACCGUAACUUUAGUACAGCUGCCCAAUGGGCAGACAGUUCAAGUCCAUGGAGUUAUUCAGGCGGCCCAGCCUUCAGUUAUUCAGUCUCCACAAGUCCAGACAGUUCAGUCUUCCUGUAAGGACUUAAAAAGACUUUUCUCCGGAACACAGAUUUCAACUAUUGCAGAAAGUGAAGAUUCACAGGAGUCAGUGGAUAGUGUAACUGAUUCCCAGAAACGAAGGGAAAUUCUUUCAAGGAGGCCUUCCUACAGGAAAAUUUUGAAUGACUUAUCUUCUGAUGCACCAGGAGUGCCAAGGAUUGAAGAAGAGAAGUCUGAAGAGGAGACUUCAGCACCUGCCAUCACCACUGUAACGGUGCCAACUCCAAUUUACCAAACUAGCAGUGGACAGUAUAUUGCCAUUACCCAGGGAGGAGCAAUACAACUGGCUAACAAUGGUACCGAUGGGGUACAGGGCCUGCAAACUUUAACCAUGACCAAUGCAGCCGCCACUCAGCCGGGUACUACUAUUCUACAGUAUGCACAGACCACUGAUGGACAACAGAUCUUAGUGCCCAGCAACCAAGUUGUUGUUCAAGCUGCCUCUGGAGAUGUACAAACAUACCAGAUUCGCACAGCACCCACUAGCACUAUUGCCCCUGGAGUUGUUAUGGCAUCCUCCCCAGCACUUCCCCCACAGCCUGCAGAAGAAGCAGCUCGAAAGAGAGAGGUUCGUCUGAUGAAGAACAGGGAAGCAGCCCGAGAGUGUCGCAGAAAGAAGAAAGAAUAUGUGAAAUGUUUAGAAAACAGAGUGGCAGUACUUGAAAACCAAAACAAGACAUUGAUUGAGGAGCUAAAAGCACUUAAGGACCUUUACUGCCACAAAUCAGAUUAAUUUGGGAUUUAAAUUUUCACCUGUUAAGAUGGAAAAUGAACUGGCUUGGCCACAACCAGAAAGACAAAAUAAACAUUUUAUUUUCUAAACAUUUCUUUUUUUCUAUGCGCAAAACUGCCUGAAAGCAACUUCAGAAUUUCAUUCAUUUGUGCUUUUGCAUUAAACUGUGAAUGUCCAACACCUGCCUCCACUUCUCCCCUCAAGAAAUUUUCAGCACCAGGAAUCAUGAAGAGACUUCUCUGCUUUUCAACCCCCACACUCUUCAAGAAGUAAUAAUUCAUUUACUUGUAAAUUGAUGGGGGAAGUAAGAAAAAGGAAAUCUUUUAAAAAAACGAUUUCGAGGUUUGUGCUGAGCUCCUUGAUUGCCUUAGGGACAGAAUUACCCCAGCCUCUUGAGCUGAAGUAAUGUGUGGGCCGCAUGCAUAAAGUAAGUAAGGUACAAUGAAGAAGUGUUGAUUGCCAAAUUGACAUGUUUUCACAUUUUCAUCAUCAAUUAUGUAAAACUGUUAACAGACAUACCCUCUAGAAAAGAAUUUUAGGAUGGUGUUGAAGAAAUCAGGAAUGAAUUCCGGGUGCUUUCUAUGUACGUUAUCUUCAGUACUGAAAAUCUGUCCUUGGUUCUUAAAAACAUUCUGUAUUAACAACAGCUCUUCCUUAGGUCAGUUGUUGCUUCUUAACUCAGUUUCUGUAUGUGUUCAACAUUUUUGAAUACAUUAAAAGAAGUAAUCAACUAAAUGAAAAAGCAUGGUAUUUGAAUUUUAAAUUAAAUCUAAGUACAUAAAAGUACAAAGCUUAUUUUAGUUAGUACUAAAUUCUUAGUAAAAAGAUGAUUAGUAAACCAACCCCUUGAGUUAUAUAAACAAGGUUUUUAAAUAAAUAUUUCUGUCCUCGCUUUCAAAAAUAUUUAUAUUGUCACUCAUUUAAAAAAAUUUCUAAUUUACUGUUAACCCUUUGCACUUACAUUACACCACCAAGAGGAAAGCCUUCAAGAAGUUAAAGCAAAGUGAUGUAUUUGUUUAUCAAAUGUUACAUGUUGUAGAAAAAUACUGAUUAUAAAUCCUUCCACACUAAUAAACUUCAACAGAGAAUCUCUAGUGAAUUUUUUAAAUGAAGUUGUAAAGAUAAGGUUCUAAAAAGUAUAGUGUUAGAUGUAUACAAGGAAAGCAGUUUUCUACAGACAUAUUUGGAUGACAGCUGUACUAUAUUUGGAUUAUCAUUCUUAUAAAACAUUUUUUUUGUUGUUCUCUAAAAAGGGUAGUUAUGUUUUAGCUUUCCAGUACACUCUGUUGCCUUUGUCAUUUUAUAAAGGAGCUACCUAUUUUAAUUCCUGACUAUAACAGUCUAUAUUUGUAUGUAUCAUACAUUGUUUCCUCAUAAUAAUUAUUAUUACUUUAUUCACUAAGUCUGAUAAAUCUGAAAGUUGUCCUUUAAAAGAAAGAUAAGACCACUAAGGUAGAUUUAAAAAAAAAUUGGAGACUGGCAUAAUGUUUAGAUUAUGAUUUCUCAUUUGGUAAGGAAAUUCCCAAGAGUCAAGAAAUUGAGAAAAUUAAUGUUUUAUAUUUAAUCAUAGGUUAAUAAUAUUACAAAAUGUGCAGCUUACAUGUUAAUUAUUGGGUCCAUUUUAAAGAGAUUUUUAAUUAAUAUUUGUAAAUGGUGUAUUUUUGUUUGUAACAAACCAUUGUCUUUUUUCAAGGAUGAACAGUUUAUGAAGGAGCAUCAUUCUAAGAAUUGAGUGAUGUAGUCUUUAUGUUUGGACAAUUCACCAGAUUCUCAAGAAGGCUUUCAAACGACUAUAAAGUUUGAUGUUUGUCCUGCUGAGCAAAUGGGGAGAGUUAUAGCAUAAAAAUUGUUUGUAUACCAGCAUAGAUACGUCAUUUUCUAAAACUGGUUUAAUAGAAACCAAGCAAAGUUACAAAUCUGUUCACAAACUGGAAUUAUUUGCUUAUUGAGUCAGAAUGCUAUAUUGAACAUUUUGAAUGUCAUGUUUUAUAAAUGAAAAAUUGCCUGAUGUUUAGAGAUUUGUAUUCUCUAAAGUCUGUUUUUCAAAAGUUGAAGCUUUCUGCUUUAUUAGGAAGUCAGUGGUCCUCUUAGUCCCUGUGAUAAAUCAAGGCAAUCACAUUCAUAUUAAGCUGGAUGAAUUUUAAGUUAUCAAGACCUGGUCCUUUAUAUCUUGGAGGAAGAUUGCACUGGUUUGAAGUCAGUUAUUGAACCGUGAGGUGAGGAAUGUAUCCUGUUACUAAGUCUGUUUAGACCCUUGGAAAGACUUGAAGAUUUCAGUUUAUACAAACGGAAAUCAAGCAUCUUUUAUGCAGACUUUUUUUUUUUAAUAUGAGAAUGGGGGGGAGGUGUUUGUUUUUAAGCAUGAAACUUUGAGAACCUUUAUUAAGAAAAUGAGAUAAUAAAAAAAAAAAAAUCCUAUAGCCAAGAACAUAUGUGGCCACGUUACCAGUAAUGUUUUUCUCUUCAUAUUGGCCAAAAGGGAAUGAAAGUGUCAUCAUAGGAAUUUGUACAUAUGCUACUGAUUUGCCUAGAAAAUAGCAAGUUUGGUAUCGCUCACUUUGCAAAUAUAGGGCCAUGUGGCACUUUUAUCUAUAGGACAGAUUAACUCUAAUAAAAAUGAAGUGGGGAGGGGUUUAUUUUUGAUAUCUUACUCUUAUGAGUUUUGAGCUUUGAUAGUGUUUAACUGCAAAGUGGUUUAGAAAGGGCUAGAUCCAAUGUGUUCAUUAUUAAAAAACUGGCAUCAGAUAUAAUUUUAAGUUCAUUCUUUUUCAAACUCAAGUACCAUAUUGGCAACCAUAUAUUGUCAUAGGUGCUCUGUUCAUUUAGAUAUCUUGGGGGGUGGCAUUUGUAUAAUAUGUGUAAAUAUAUAUACAUACAGUAUAUAAUCUAAAGCUCUGAGAGCUCUUAAGUCAGGAAUGCUGAGUAUUAUAGUAUAUUGAGGUCAGAUGAAAUUUUACAUUUCUGUGUGUUCUGUUGCCCCCCUUCUGGUAGUUUCUAUGACUGCAUUACUUCAGCACUCAUGAUUGAUUUUUUUAUCUUUGAAUUUUCUUCCAAGAAUUUUAUUUUAUUAUUAGUUUUCUUUGGCUUGAUACUUUUAAAUACGUUAACUAGUCACUUGAAAACUUCCCCCACUAAAAGUAUUUGGUUUUUAUGCUUUGUCUCUGGCAGCUAUAACAGUGGUUAAGAACAUUUUAAAGAUAGCUUUUAUAAUGAACCACUGACUUUUCAAAAAUCAUCCUGGGGGAGGAAUGUUGAUGUUUCAUUUGAGCAGGGAUUUUUUCAGAAAGUGUGUUUUGACAGUAGUCAGUGGCAGUGCUAGUCUGAAAGCACAAUACCAGUUAGGCAGCCUGUCCCAUCAGACGUCAUCUGGCUGAAGCUUAUCUGUCUCUCAGGACUAAUCCCUACUAUCAUUUAACCUUUUGGGGUGGCAUGUGGAAUCAUACAAAGGCUUAGGAACAAACAAGUUUGUUUAAACCAGGAUGCUUUUACUUACUUGAAGUGACUUCAAUCUAGAUUUCUUCUUUUCAUAUGUAAUAGGUUUGUAAUUCUGUGAUCUGCGAGAGUCAGCUAUUAGCAUAAAUAGGUCUCUGUUUAUUUUGAAGAUCAAAGGCUGCUUCAUUUUGUAGGAUUUUAUAAGGCUAAAAUUAUUAAACUUAGGAUUUUGAAUUAAAAUGGGCUUUAGAUAUAGUGGUCACAUGCCUUCCAGUUAUUUUCAAGAGGCUUUAUUUUGUCGCCUAUAUAGCCCUGAAAACUGUUGGUAUAUUUUUUUUCACUGACCUAAUACAAAAGUUGUAUAUUUAUUUGGAUUAUAUUUACAUUAUAUUCUUUGUAAAUGUUAGGUGUAACUUGCACUUUUAAAAAUGACCCAGUUUGGGUGUUAGCAACUUAAUGAAAUUCCCUCAUCAGUUAAUUAUCAACUGGCUUUUUGGUCUUUCUCCUGUCUUCAAAUCAUGUGACUUUAGAAGCUUUUCAUGGAUUGAAAUAUUUUAGCACCUCGAAGCUAGCCUUAAAAAAAUAGCUGUAAAAGAAAAUAACCAGAAAAUUAGAUUUGCCUAGCCCAGUUAAUGUGAAGAUGGGCUAAAACCUUAUUUUAUUCUUUUUUUUUAUCAUGGGUAAGUAUUGAAUGAAAAGUAAUUGGAGUAAAUAUAUUUCCAGUUUUACAUGAGAUUUUAUUCUCAUCCCAACAUUAGUAUAUAUAGUAUGCCAAAAUACCCAUUAUUUUUUUCCAGAAUAGUAAAAGAUUUUUUUAAGCAAGUAAAUUAUGGAUAUCACAUGUAGUUAUCAUUUUACUAAAUUAUUUUCAUUUUAAAUUGGCUUUGUUGACAUCAAGGAAAUAUUGCCUGAAUUUGAUUUCAGAUAAGAAGGAGAAAGUGAAGUGUGCUUAGUCUGGUAGGGAGAGUUGUGAGAUAGAUAAAUGUGCUCACUUGGCUGUACAAAGCACAACUAGAACUUGAUGUUGGAUGGCUUACAUACAUCUUGAAUACUUUUAAUAUUUAAUAAUGUUGACUACACAGUCACUGUAUGUACUAGGAACUGGUUUCCUUGACUUCCUAGAAUCAAUGGCUAGGAGAGGCAUUAAGCCUUGAGGGAUUGAACAUAUCAUGCAGCUGAGUCAGUAUGGAAGAAUUUCAAAUAAAUCAAACAGGGUGCUGAAGUUCCAUCUGUCUCAUCUGCUUGUGGUAAGUUCUUACUGAUUAGUGAAUGUAGCUUAAGCCUUUGUAUGUGUCCUCAGGGGGCAAACUUUUAAGAGGGACCAGAUAACGUUUGGAUGGAGGGAUUCUAUUUCAGGUGUUUUAACUUGAAAUUUAUUUUUUAAAAAAAGAAAAAUUAAAAAAAAAAAUAGAACAAAGCCUGUGAUGGAAGUUGAUACUAUAAACAGGCAGAGUUGUUUAGCACAGAGAGAAAAUAUUAAAUAUUGACCUGUCUGCAUUCUGGUACUCUGGAUGCAGGUCCCAGCUGGGUAUAACAUGAUUUUUAAUAAUACUCACCAGCAAGUAAAAGGAAAAUGAACAAUCUUCAGGAAAUGUCUUUGAAAAGAAUCAAACAGUAGGAAAUUCAGAUUUUACCUACUUUAUGUGGCAUUAUUUAAUAGUUGCCUAUCAAAGCAUGGCAUUUCCAAGCUUCCGUCUGAGGAGUAUCUCAGAGAUGUGACAGUAAAUAUAAGAUAGUUUAAAAUUGGUAGGGAAGGAAGAAAAUCCCUGCAAAUAAUGAUCUUAAGUUAGUUGCCCAAGUGAAAUGAUCUAUCAUUGUGUUUGGGAGGUUUUAUUUUCUUAUGUUUUUAAAAUUGGUAAAUGCUUUAUAGAUGUAUUUUUAUCCAGGUGCCACUCCAAUUUGUGUAUGUAAUAAAAUUAUUUAUAUUAAAAGUGGGAAAUAAUUUGUCAUUAUUUUGAGUGUAGAUUUAUUAGAGGUGGCAAAAAAGAGUGCUAGUUAGCAGUUUUCCAUGUAAAAUUGUCCUUGACUGAUUUGUCCACGUCAGUUGAACCCGCCCCCAAGAGGAAUUAUUUCUAACCUGUAUGUAUCAUUUGAAGCUUUUUAAAAACAAAAUUAUCAGGGAAAUUCCUAGAGAGUAUGAUAUUUGGCUUUUUGGUUUUUCCUUGAGGAUUGGGGUAAAGAAUACUUCCCCCCAAACUAUCAGCACAAAACAGGGUAUUGAUUUUUAACUCUGAUAUUUCUAUUGGAGUUGAAUACUAAAUAAAUAACUACCAUGAGGGAAAUACAUUUCUAAUAAAAUUCCCUACAUUCUAGAAACAUCCCUGUUUUAAUUUUUUUAACCUAAAUUGUUGUGCUUUAUAUGUAAAGAAUAAAAAUGUACUGAGUUACAAUGCAUUUUAUUAACACUAUGUACAUAUUAGCUGCUUUGUGUUCAGAAUGGUAGCAAUUGCUUUGUAUAUUAAAGUGAUCCUUGUGAAUUUGUGAAAUAUUGUCAUAAAGUGCUUUUUCUUACUGUAAUCUUUGUGGUAUCAACUGUCUAAUGCCCUUUUUUCACAAACAUUUACGUGCAGUCACAUAAACAUACUUUUAAAAACUC